AGUUCUCAGUUUUCCCCAGUCACGGUUCACCGGCGUCCUCCCCCAACCUUCUCCCUUUUCACUCUCUUUGGAACAUUCAUGGCGUCUCUGCAACUUUACUCUUUGUGCAUAAUAUUCUUCUUCUGCUGCUUCUUCAAUACACUUUCUCGGUCAUCUUCGGACGUGGAAAUUGUUCUGAGGAAGAUCAAACCUUCGUUAAGGGGAGGUGCAGAGAAUAUGUUGCUAUCUUCGUGGAGCACUGGUAUUCCUGUCUGUCAGUGGAGAGGGCUCAAAUGGGUCUUCUCUAAUGGUACCCCUCUUAAAUGCGAUGACGUCUCUUCGCCUGAACGGAACAACAUUUCUCUAUUCAGAGACCCAACUCUGCAGCUCGUCUCUCUUCAGCUCCAAGGAGCUGGUCUCUCCGGUAAAAUUCCAAGAGAAAUCGGAGAGCUCUCCUCGUUGCAGAGUCUGUACCUUGGUGUCAACUCGCUCCAAGGAAACAUCCCUCUUGAGCUUGGCUAUAGCUCUUUACUCUCCGAUGUUGAUUUAAGUGGCAAUUUCUUAAAUGGGUCUCUCCCUCUUUCCAUCUGGAACCUCUGUGACAGACUUGUUUCGCUUCGGUUGCAUGGUAAUAAUCUUUCGGGUUCUCUUCCUCAACCAGUACUACCCAACUCGACUUGCAGGAACAUACGGGUUUUGGAUUUGGGCAACAACAGCUUUUCAGGGGAAUUUCCGGAGUUUAUAACUGGAUUUCAUAGGUUGAAAGAGCUUGAUCUUGGGAGUAAUCACUUCUCUGGUUCAAUUCCGGAGAGUCUUUCUCGUUUAAAACUUAAAAAACUGAACCUUUCUCAUAAUAAUUUUACUGGGGCUCUGCCGGUUUUCCGACAGUCGAAGUUUGAUUUCAGGGUUUUUGAAGGAAACAAUCCUGGGCUUUGUGGGUCUCCCCUGGCGAAGUGCAGGGGAAGCUCUGGUCUGAGCUCCGGCACCAUUGCUGGUAUUGUGAUUGGAUUGAUGGCCGGUGCUGUGGUUUUGGCCUCAGUACUAAUUGGUUACGUACAAGGGAAGAGGAGGAAAAGCAGGGGAGGAGAUGAAAAUGAGAUAGAGGAAGGAGAAGAUGAGGAGAAUGGAGGUGGUGGUGGCUGUGAAGGUAAGCUUUUAUUGUUUCAGGGUGGUGAGCAUUUGACAUUGGAGGAUGUACUGAAUGCUACUGGUCAGGUAAUGGAGAAAACCAGCUAUGGAACCGUUUACAAGGCCAAACUUGCUGAUGGAGGAACCAUUUCUCUGAGACUGUUGAGAGAAGGUAGUUGCAAGGAUAGAGCUUCAUGUUUGCCCAUGAUUAAGCAGCUUGGCCGAGUCCGCCAUGAAAAUCUUGUUGCACUCCGAGCUUUCUACCAGGGACAGAGAGGGGAGAAGCUCCUCAUAUAUGACUAUCUCCCCAACAGGACUCUCCACGAUCUUUUACAUGAAACCAGAGCUGGAAAGCCAAUGUUGAAUUGGGCUCGUAGGCACAAAAUUGCAUUGGGUAUAGCUAGAGGACUUGCUUAUCUGCAUACAGGAAUGGAAGUACCAAUAAUCCAUGGGAAUGUGAGAGCCAAAAAUGUCCUAGUGGAUGAUUUAUUUGUGGCCAGGCUAACCGAGUUUGGGCUAGACAAAUUGAUGGUGCAUGUUGUUGCUGAUGAAAUAGUGGCAUCUGCAAAGAUUGAUGGGUACAAGUCUCCAGAGUUACAGAGAAUGCAGAAGUGCAAUUCAAGGACAGAUGUAUAUGCAUUUGGUAUACUGCUGUUGGAGAUUUUGAUAGGAAAGAAACCUGGUAAAGAUAACCGAACCGGGGAAUUUGUGGACUUACCAUCACUAGUGAAGGUGGCAGUGCUGGAGGAGACGACGAUGGAGGUUUUCGAUGUAGAGGUAUUGAAGGGAAUACGGAGUCCGAUGGAGGAUGGCUUGAUUCAAUCACUGAAACUCGCAAUGGGUUGCUGUGCUCCAGUGGCCUCUGUCAGACCUACCAUGGAUGAAGUUGUUAAGCAGUUGGAGGAGAGCAAACCCAGGAAUAGAUCUGCAUUGUACAGCCCAACUGAAGCAAGGAGUGAAAUAGUGCCUAACAAUGAAGAAGCCCUCUUGCUCCAAACCCACCUUGCAAAAAAUGGUAUAGCAGUUACAGGCAAAAUGGUUAGAACUAUUUCAAUUGGCAUGCAGCUUCAUCUGAGAUGGUCCAUUAGCUGAAAGUGUUUGUGUCUCAAGUUCAUUCUGUCAAGCCUGCAUCAUGAUUUUGUAGAUCUUGUAAAGCAUGAUGCCUUAUCUGUACGAUUUGUAAUCUUCCCACAUGAAGGAAGCUUUUGGGUUUUCUUUUUGCCUGUGAAUGGGAGCUGUUAAACCUGUCGAGAGUCUUGAGACAUGAACUUGGCUACUUGUCUCUUGCUCUCCUCUGUUGAAUCUCCCUUUGUUUUACAUUGCUUUGGACCCAAUAUAUUUGCAUUUAUC